AUGACAUGCAGCUCCUGUGUGUCUGCCAUCACGCACGCCGUUGAAGCACACGCGUGGGUCCAAUCAGUCAACAUUAACCUCCUUACAAACAGCGGAGUGGUUGUCUUCGCUGGAAAAUCAAAGUGUGACGAGCUUGUGGAGACGAUUGAAGACUGUGGCUUCGAUGUCGAAGUAGAGAAGUUGGAGGAAGUUCAAGAUACGGCGUCAGAGCCAAAACCAUCGAAACAAAAAACGGAGCUUUGGCGUGCGACUUAUUUACUCGGUGGUCUAACUUGUUCGUCAUGUGUCGGCAACGUGACUCAGGCACUGGAACCGCAUGCCUGGAUCAAGUCGAUCGACGUCAAUCUAGUUUCAAACAGUGCAACCAUCGUUUUUACCGGAAAGGAACAUCUCUCAGAGAUCGAAGAAAUCAUUGAAGAUGUUGGGUAUACGGCCACACUUGACCACGUUAUCCUGGACGAUACACCAGCAAUCCAAGCAAUUGAACGAACAAUUGCGGUACGUAUCGAUGGUAUGUUCUGCGAACAUUGCCCGUCGAAUAUCAUACAAGGACUCCAGGAAGCCUUUGCAGAUAAGCAAACGUUCGUACUCGAAGACCCCCCUAUAUCCCUCGAAAACCCAAUCCUACACAUUCGAUAUGUACCGGCCCCCCCUACCUUCACAAUACGGCACAUCAUCUCCACUAUUUCCAACCUACACCCAGUCUUCACCCCCUCAAUAUUUCACCCGCCCACGAUCGAGGAACGUGCACGCCAAAUGCACGCACAAGAACGCAAACGAACCCUCCUCCGGCUCACACUCUGCGUCAUCAUCGCCAUCCCCACAUUCAUUUUGGGAAUCGUCUUCAUGAGCCUAAUCAGCGCCGAGAACCCCAUCCGCAAGUACCUCAUGCAGCCCAUGUGGGCAGGCAAUGUCACGAGACUAAGCUGGGCCCUCUUCAUUCUCGCAACACCCGUCUAUUUCUUCGCAGCGGACACCUUCCACCGGCGCGCAAUCAAGGAAAUAAAAGCUUUGUGGCGACCGGGAAGCCGAACACCGAUUCUGCAUCGCUUUACAAGAUUCGGAAGCAUGAAUAUGCUCAUCUCGCUUGGCACUACAAUUGCGUAUCUUGCAUCCAUUGCAGAACUCGCGCUGGCAGCUACGGAAAUGUCGCACGGCUCAAUGCACGAUUCGUAUUUCGAUGCCGUCGUCUUUCUGACCAUGUUUUUGCUUAUUGGGCGCUUCUUGGAAGCAUAUAGCAAGGCGAAGACGGGGGAUGCGGUUACGUCGCUGGGGAAACUGCGUCCCAGUGAAGCCAUCCUUGUGGACUCUGAACAAGGAGACGACAAAAUCCCUACCGAUCUGCUUGAAAUUGGGGACGUAGUUCGAGUCCACCAUGGUGCGUCGCCGCCGUUUGACGGCGAGAUUGUAGAGGGAAGUUCGAGUUUUGAUGAGUCGAGUUUGACGGGGGAGUCCCGCCCGGUGAAGAAAGUAGAGGGUGAUACGGUGUACUCGGGUACGAUGAACAAGGGGUCUCCUGUUCAGACUAAGAUUACGAGUAUUGAAGGGAUGUCGAUGCUGGAUCAGAUCAUCAAUGCUGUGCGCGAGGGUCAGUCUCGACGUGCACCCGUUGAGAGGGCGGCGGACGUUAUCACUUCACAUUUUGUACCGUUUGUCAUUUCUGUUGCAAUCACGACUUGGCUGGUUUGGCUGAUUCUCGGUAAGACGGGAGCUAUUCCAAAUGACUGGAAGAAUGAGGGUGCUGGCGGAUGGGAACUCUGGUCUCUUCGAUUCGCCAUCGCCGUCUUCGUUAUCGCCUGUCCCUGCGGUAUCGGCCUCGCAGCUCCAACUGCGCUCUUCGUCGGGGGUGGCCUAGCUGCAAAGCACGGUAUACUCGUCCGAGGCGGAGGUGAGGCGUUUCAGGAAGCCAGUUCACUUGACUGUAUCGUUUUCGACAAGACAGGUACCCUUACUCAAGGCGGUGAUCCAGCAGUGACGAACCAUCAGCUCUCUGGAGAUCAGAACAGCUCAUUGGUACUGGGUCUUGUCAAGGCUCUUGAGCAAAACAGCAACCAUCCCAUUGCUCGUGCACUCGUCUCUUUUUGCAACAGAGAAGACCACAUCACGCCGACAGUAGUCGACAUCGACGAAGUACCAGGAAAAGGCCUAAAAGGCACUUUCCGAGUCGACGGACAAGACAUCACCGCCAUCGUAGGCAACGAAGCCUUCAUGACCGACCACUCCGUCCCCAUCCCCCCCUCCACCGCCACCCUCCUCUCAACCUGGCAAUCCCGCGGCGACUCCAUCGCCCUCGCAGCCCUCUUCAUGCCCCCAUGCACCCUCCUCCCCUCCCACUCCUCCAGCGAAAGCCUCUCCACCGCACUCACCGAAACCCUCCCAGCUCCAACCUGGCACCUCGCCUGCGCCUUCUCCAUCGCCGACGCCCUCCGCCCCGAAGCCCACAGCGUCAUCGCCGCCCUACACGCCCGCGGCAUAUCCACCUGGAUGCUCUCCGGCGACAACCCCACCACCGCCAACGCCGUUGGCGCCCAAAUCGGCAUCCCGUCCUCCAACAUCAUCGCCGGCGUGCUACCAGAGCAGAAAGCACAGAAAAUAAAAUACCUCCAGCAGACGCUUAGGAGCAGCAAUAGGACACAGAAACGCGCAACAAUAGCCAUGGUGGGCGACGGCAUCAACGAUGCGCCUGCCCUCUCCACCGCCGAUUUAUCCAUCGCAAUCGGAUCGGGCUCGGAUAUUGCAUUGAGCUCUUCGUCCUUUAUCCUGAUCAACAGUCGGCUUACUACCAUCUUGACGCUGUUGGAUCUCUCGCGGGUGGUGUUUCGACGCGUUUAUUUUAAUUUCGGCUGGGCGCUUGUGUACAAUAUGGUGGCUAUGCCGAUUGCGGCCGGAGUGCUGUAUCCGAUUACUACCACUGGAGGAGGGGGUGGGAAGGGGGAACAUGUUAAGCUUGAUCCGGUGUGGGCUGCUUUGGCUAUGGCGCUGAGCAGUGUUAGUGUGGUUUGUAGUUCGUUGUUGUUGAGGAGUCGGUUGCCGGGUGUGGGGUUUAGAGUGCGGCGUGAGGGUAGUGGUGGUGUUGAGACAGGUUGA